AUGUAUUUGUCUGCCUCAGAAACGAGUGAGCACCCAAAAGCUCACGAAGAGGCAAAAGAUGUUAAAACUGAGGGAAACAGAGGCUCAGACUAUGAUUUAAAAAUUUUGAGUGUCGUCGUGUUGUCGUCCUCGCCAAUCGUCAAGCAGGUGGGCAUAUUCCUUUUCAACAUCUCGGAAUUCACGCUCAAGGCCUGCGAAAUCGCGGACAACGAGUACUUCACGAAUCUGGAAUCGCUAAUUCUCCAAGUAAGUGAAAUCAAUCCUUCCAACUGCGUGCUGGGAAUAAACAAGGACUCGCUCGACUAUAAGCGCCUGAACCACGUGUUCACGGUCUGCAAUCUGCCUUGCAGCUACAAGUUCCAGACCGUAAAGGACAUCACGAGCGUGGACGGCAAGUUGCACUUCAAGGUCACGAACUCGCUUGAGUUCUUGCUUUCCAAGGAUGACGAGCUGAAGAACCACACCAAGGAGGUAUCGAUGAGGCUGGCUAUGAAGGCCUUCUGCCUUGUGACUGACUACGUGAAGUACCAGGAGCGCGGCUUCAAGGCCCGCUUCACGCUCUCGACGUACACCAUGGACAGCUACCUGUGCAUGGACAGGGCUGCCUUCGGGUCGUUAUCGAUUCUGCCCCUCAACACAGCGAACCAAAAGGUGAGUGUCUACGACCUGCUGAACAAGUGCCGAACCUCGAUAGGGUCUCAGCUGCUGAAAAUGUGGAUCUCGCAGCCGCUGGUGGACCCAGAACAGAUCAGAAAGAGGCACGACUGCGUGGAGGUCUUCAGGUCCAUGUACAGGACCAUACAGGCGGAGUGCCUGAGGAAGGUGCAGAACAUGGAUCUAAUUCUGCUCAAGUUUAAGAACUUCGAGAUGGGAAUCGACGCUAGGAACUCGAAGCAGCCGACAUUCGAAGAUCUCGUGACACUCUACGACUGCAUCAUCUCCGUGAACAGGUUAAACCAGUUCACACUUAAAAAGUACACGGGAGCACACGCAGAUACGAUAAAGCAGACCUUCAUAGAGCCUCUAUCGAAGAUAUCCUCUAAAUUUGAAAGUUACCUGAGGCUCGUGGAGAGAACAAUAGACCUGAAGGAGGCUGAAAACAGGAACUACCUCUUCAACAGGAAUUUUGACGAAAACCUGAAGGAGCUGUCGGCGAAGCUGGAUAAAAUCAGGUCGGAAAUGGAGGCGCAGAGGCAGGCGAUACAAGACGAGCUGCCGUACAGCUCAAUGAAGAAGGGCAACCUGGUCAAGCUAGUGGAGUGUAACACCAUGGUGUUCCUGCUCAGAGUCCCGAAGAAGGAGCAGAACAACGUGCAGAGGUGCAACCUGCCAGGAAUAACGAUCGAGAAGGUGAGGCUGAACAAGAACGAGUUCCUUUUCACGACGCAAAAGUUGCGGAAGCAGUGCACCCAGUACAAAAACACAAUGGCAGAGUACGAGGAGUGCCAGAAGCUAAUGGUAAACAGGACCUUCAAGGUGGCCUGCACGUACUGGGCGCUGCUGGAGAGGUUCAUAAAGGUCGUGGCGACCCUGGACGUGCUGACCGCCUUCGCGGAGGUCUCAACCAUAUUCAACUACGUGCGGCCGGAGAUCGACGAAAGCGGGGAGAACGUGCACCUGGUGGAGGCGAGGCACCCCCUGGUCGAGUACGUCCUGGCGGACCACUCGUUUAUUCCGAACGACCUUCACAUGAACAGGCACACCUCACGGGUGCACAUAACAACGGGCCCGAACAUGGGCGGGAAGUCGACGUACAUAAAGCAGGUCGGAAUCAUAGCGGUGAUGAACCAGAUCGGCUCGUUCGUCCCUUGCAAGGCGGCGAAGCUCCCAAUAUUUAGACACGUGCUGUGCAGAAUAGGGGCCUCGGACAUUCAGCUAAGGGGAGUCUCUACGUUUCUGGCGGAAAUGGUCGAGUCGUCAGCAAUACUGAGAAUGGCAAACGAGCAUUCGCUGGUGAUCAUAGACGAACUGGGGAGAGGAACCUCAACGCACGACGGUUUCGGACUCUCGUGGGCAAUACUGGUUGACCUCAUCGAGAGGGCAAAGUGCUUCUGCCUGUGCGCUACCCACUUCCACGAAAUGGGAGCUCUCGCCCAAGAGCAUGCCGGAGUCGUCAACAAACACCUCACUGCGCAGUUCUUUGGCGACACGAACACGAUGACGUUCCUGUACAAGGUCAAGGACGGCGUUUGCAAGAAGUCGUUCGGCAUAAACGUCGCACUGAUAGCAAACUUCCCGAAAGAUGUUGUGGAGAGUGCGCGGAAGAGGCUGGAUGAGCUGGAGCGCAAAUACCAGCCGAGCAGGGCAGAGGCGGUGAAGCAGCUUCUGAGGUGCUCAACCUUCGGAGAAUUCAAGGAAAACUUACACACUCUAGAGUUGAAAACGUAA